AUGACCAAGUUAGGCUUCCUCCGCCUCUCUUAUGAGAAACAGGACACUCUCCUCAAGCUCCUGAUUCUGUCAAUGGCAGCUGUGUUGUGUAAGUUUGAGUUUAAAAAAAUUAGUCAGGGAUAACUAUAUGACUAUAAGCAUCAUCUGCAUCUGCUGGUUCAUUUUGUAUCUUAUGCCUUGAUGCUUAUACCUAAUACAAUGCUAGAUGCUUCUUUGAUGGCUAUAACAGUUUCAAACUAAUAGGCGUCCACAUAACAAAGGACCAGCAUUAAAACAUUUUACCUGUACAACUGCAUUAAUAUUCCUUCCUUUUGUGUUGCAGCUUUCUCUACUAGACUCUUCUCUGUAUUAAGAUUUGAGAGUGUCAUUCAUGAAUUUGAUCCGUAAGUAUUCCUGUUGCCUCUUAGUAGUCUACUUUGCUCUGAGAGAGCAAUUGUUCUGCUAUGCACAGGUGUUGAUUGUGGUGUUACCCAGAAGGAUAUUGAUAGAUUGUCCUUCUCUAAUGACAGGGCUUCAAAAAUAUCUGAACGCUAAGAGUUUUUCUGCAGAAAAUUUUAAUAGGGUUAGCCUUGGUGAAUUCAACAGUAGAAGUAGUAUCAAUUUUAGUUAGACCCAUCUGGAUUGAAUAGGGAAUUGAUUUAAAAAUGUAAAGAUGAAAGUAUAGUAGAAUGAAUGUUUUCGAAAGUAACUUCUGAAGCUGUGAGACCAAUGACAAUUCUGUUUUUCAGUGAAAAACUUAAAUCAGUGGUUGCAUGAACGUGUUUAUGGGAGAUGGAGCUUCUUUGCUUCAGAUUUCCAGUAUGAUUUAGAGAAGGUUGUAUAAAGCAAUGCACUUUGUGUUGCAGUAUGCCAAAUGAUAUAUAAAAGUAAUUUGGAUGCUUUUAGUUGCUUGUGGUGAAAACUGUUUGGAGUGUUUGUGUUUGGAAAUCAGAUCCCUACCCGACAGAAACUGGAAACAUUUCUCAUCAAUCAGGCUGACACUGAUUUAUGUAUUAUGUGGCAGUGCUUUUCCAUAAGAACCUUAGAUGAAGGCUCAGACUGUAAUAUGAGGAGCAGCAAAUAGUGUGUUGUAUAUGCAGCUGAAGAGGCACUCAGAUUUCUGUUGUUAUCACAGGUAUUUUAACUACCGCACAACUCGCUUCCUGGCAGAAGAGGGUUUCUAUAAAUUCCACAACUGGUUUGACGAUAGAGCAUGGUAUCCGCUGGGUCGAAUCAUUGGUGGAACUAUCUAUCCAGGUAAAAUGAUGUUCGGAACUUUGUCCUUUUUUUAAACUGUGGAUGAAAAGUGCUAGAGAGAAUGGGAAACACUUGCCAUGCAUCUUCCAGAACGGUUGUAGUGUUUUGUCAAACUUCUUUAGAGCAAUUAAAUAUCCUGCUAGUAUUGAAGAGGCUUUACUUGGCCAUUUGGAGGUCAGACAUCACCCCUUGCUGGAUGAGAUUUGGCUCAUAUUUCCAAGUCCUGCACCUGCUCAUUCUUUUCUUUUGCAUUUGGAAAAUCUGUGAUUUCUUGCCAAUAGAACAUCUUUCCUUCCCUCUGUCUCAGGUUUAAUGAUCACAUCAGCAGCGAUUUACCAUGUUCUGCACUUCUUCCACAUUACAAUUGACAUACGAAAUGUGUGUGUUUUCCUGGCCCCCCUUUUCUCCUCCUUCACCACCAUAGUAACGUAUCACCUCACCAAAGAACUCAAGGUAAAAACAAGGAUGGAUCAUGGUUGCAAUGCUUCCUAGUGCUAAUUUCAUUCAUCACUGUAAAAGAUCUGAGGCUGGUAUUAUUAGUUUCUAAUCGUUGCUUACGCACAAUUUAUGAGGCAGUUAACAUUGUGCAUGUUCCCUUUAAUUCAUAUAGAUUAUGCAAUUGUAUGUUUGCAUAUGAAAAUCUUCAUUUUUUUAAACAAGAAAAUCCACAUUCUACAAGUAGACCUUAUUUGCAAACCUGAAUUGUAAUGCAUACUUGCUAACUUGAAGCCUGUACAGAUCUUAAAGUCAAUAUUGGGAUUGAUGAGGAAGAAGGAACCGGGAAGUCUUUUGUUACAUAUCGUGAAAGACAGUCUGGGCAAUCAAAGUUCAAUUUUUUUUUUAAUUCUGUCUAGGAUGCAGGGGCAGGUCUCUUGGCUGCAGCAAUGAUAGCUGUGGUACCUGGUUACAUAUCUCGUUCUGUCGCUGGAUCCUAUGACAAUGAAGGUAAGAUCAGUGUUUAAAGCACACUGCUUACUGGCAUGUGGAGAUUGCAUGAUGGGGGUUUCUUCAUGUGGUUGACUCCUAUGUAUUGUUUAUUUCCAGGUAUUGCUAUAUUCUGUAUGCUUCUGACUUACUACAUGUGGAUCAAAGCAGUGAAAACAGGCUCCAUUUAUUGGGCAGCCAUGUGUGCACUUGCCUAUUUCUACAUGGUAAGUGAUUUUUCAAUAAUGCUUUGAAUUUCUUGAACAGCAGUUGUUUCACCCAUCAGAUUAAUCUUCCAUUAUGAGAGCUGGCUUGAGUGAAUGGAAUUCAGCCUACAAAGCUGAAUAUGCUUUGCAAUCCUGGACCCGGCAUCACUGCAAGUUUGUGAAGGGACUAGGUAUUGGUAAUAAGGAGUACUCAGCACCACUAUAGAAAUAUUGUUAUUGCUGUAUUUGUGGGAGGGGUGGUGGUGGUUGAAUUGGUGGGUUAGUGCCAUAACAGUCAAGUUGUUUGUGAGCCUUGAGAUUCUCUUGUGUAAAUUUCAUUUCAGUCAUGAAUACACAAGAAAACCUUAAGCAAUCAUCUUCACCACAUCCCUCCAUCUGUGAGAGCCGGCCCAGGCCCAGCUUUUUCUCCCACUAGCUCAACAGGGGUAUUGAGUGGCCUUUUCAUUUAGCAAUGGAACAAGGCUCUUUUGUAAAAGUAUGCCUCUGUAGUAUUGACUUCUACUUAGAAGUUAAAAAUAUUUUGCUUUGUGGAGUAAACAAACAAUAGUAUUUAUAGAUGUAAAAUGCCGUGCCCCCUUUCAUCUUUUUUCAGGUUUCUUCAUGGGGUGGUUAUGUGUUUUUGAUUAACCUCAUUCCCCUUCAUGUACUGGUGCUGAUGCUAACUGGACGAUUCUCCCAUCGGAUAUAUGUGGCUUACUGCACAGUAUAUUGCCUAGGAACCAUCUUAUCAAUGCAGAUAUCUUUCGUUGGCUUCCAGGUGAGAAAUCUGGGAUACUGAAGAAAGUUGGUUGUGAUUUUGUGCAAAUCCAUGGCUAGCAGAAUCUUCCUUACUGUAUGAUAGGGAAAAGAUAAGAUCAUCCAUCAGGAUCAGUCCUCAAAUAGCAUUUCUCAUUUAAUAGAGGAGCAUUAUUGCAUUGUUGCCUCUUGAUAAAAUGCCACUUUUGCUAUAAAACAACCGUAUUCUCUCUUUAUUAUACUCGCCACAGAAAAGCAUGGUCUUUCUGGGCUUUACCCAGAUCGUUUAGCUCUGCCUCAGCCCCAUUAAGAUAAAUGUUAUUGAACUGAAAUAGAAAAUUGGAGGGGGAGACACUCAUCAGACCCAUAUAAAGUAACAAUAAUAGAAACGGGGCUAGUAGGUAAAUGUAUUCUAUGUUGGACUAAUUGUCCAUGUGUACAGCGAUAAUUCUUCGUGGCAAAGGAGUGGCUUACGUAUGUGAGACUGUUGGCCAGAGACAAAUUAUUUAGUUGUCACAUAAUGCAGCUUAACGGUGCAUGUUUGUUCUUUCCUGCAGCCUGUCCUGUCUUCUGAACAUAUGGCUGCCUUGGGUGUAUUUGGCCUGUGCCAGAUUCAUGCCUUUGUAGAUUAUUUGCGCAGCAAACUGAACCCUCAGCAGUUCGAGAUUCUCUUCAGGAGUGUAAUCUCCCUGGUUGGGUUUGUCCUUCUGUCAAUAGGAGCCAUUCUGAUGCUUACAGGUGCAGUUGGUGCUACUAAAAUGCAUGCGAUUCCUAUACUCUUACAGUAGGAACAAUAUUUUUCCUAAUCAGUAGAGAAUUUUCAUGUUUUUGUCUGGAACCAUUUUUUCUAUUAAAUAUUUUAAUACUUGUUUUUCUCAGCUGUGUGCAUACACACAGUAGCUGAACUGUGUAAGCAUUUGGUUUUGCCAUGCUGGGAAUAACAGUUUUUAUUUAGAUACAUUCUCAGUAACAGUAACUGAAUUAAUAAUAUCCUUAUUUUCUGUUGAAUUUGCUUAAGGAAAGGGGAAGAAACCUGUUUUGAUGUUUACCUGAAAACACUGAAAAACAAACAUCACUAGGGGUCCAUCAGGUUUUGUUUUACCUUUUAGGAAACUGAACUUUUAAAUUUGAGCUUUGGGGAAAUUUAGGUAUAGAAUAUGCAUAUUGGAAAUGAGAUAUUGUGUAAACUUGUUGAGAGAUAUUAAUUACUCUGUAAACUUGAACAUGUACAUUUGGAUCUCUUACUCUCAUACAGGAAAGAUCUCCCCAUGGACUGGCCGCUUCUAUUCACUGCUGGAUCCUUCCUAUGCGAAGAACAAUAUUCCCAUCAUUGCUUCAGUCUCUGAGCAUCAGCCUACCACAUGGUCAUCCUACUAUUUUGAUCUGCAACUCCUUGUUUUCAUGUUCCCAGGUGAGUUUAGCAUAGCUUUUUACUAUGCUUUCAUACUACCCACCUUCUGCGGAAUAUCUGACUCUUGAGUUGGUGACUGCUAGUCUCUAAAACACCCUUCCACCAUCUGGUGCCCUCCAGAUAUUUUAGGCAACCUCCAUUAUUCUUGACCAUUAUCCACACUGGCUGGAACUGCGAGGAGUUUUAGCCCCAAACAUUUUGAGGGCUCCAGGCUGGGAAAACCUGCCCUAAUGCAUAGAUGUAACUCUUCUGGCAGCUGACUCAUUUCUUUUUCUGUUACAGUUGGACUGUAUUAUUGCUUCAGUAAUCUGUCUGAUGCCCGCAUUUUUAUCAUCAUGUAUGGUGUGACCAGCAUGUACUUCUCGGCUGUGAUGGUGAGUACUGAGAGUUGACUUAUGGGACUGGCAAUUUUUUCAUGGAAUCUCUUUGUUUCUGCUGUCCCUAUGCUUCCACAGUUUUUAUUUCAUUUGCAUGGUAGCCAAGCACUCAGUAUGCCUCUGUCUUAACAGGUUCGUCUCAUGCUGGUAUUGGCCCCAGUUAUGUGCAUUCUGUCUGGCAUUGGAGUCUCCCAAGUGUUGUCAACUUACAUGAAAAAUUUAGAUAUCAGCCGACCUGACAAGAAGACAAAAAAGCAACAGGAUGCUACUUACCCCAUCAAAAACGAAGUAAGUUGCUAUGUGAGGUUCCUUGCUUGUUAGAUUUUUAUCAUACUUUUCUGGAAGAUACUAAAAAUAUGAGUCAAAAGAAGGAGGCCGGGUACUCCACUAAGAUGUGCAUAGGAAAGAAAUAUUGUGGGAAUUGCACUUGAAUCACCUCCUAUAUAUGGGUAACAGUUUUUGUGUUGUAAGUAAGGUUGUUUCUGUAUAACUACUAAGUGGCUGUUUUACAUUUUGAUGGCUACUCUUGCUUUCCUAGGUUGCCAGUGGCAUGAUCCUGGUCAUGGCUUUCUUCUUGAUCACCUACACUUUCCAUUCAACUUGGGUAACCAGUGAAGCCUACUCUUCUCCCUCCAUAGUGCUGUCGGCACGUGGUGGUGAUGGCAGCAGAAUAAUCUUUGAUGACUUCAGGGAAGCUUAUUACUGGCUUCGUCACAAUACACCAGAGGUAUAAAUCUCUACAGGGCUGGUCUCUGCACACACAUUGAGUUUGUUUUAGGUGCCGUGGAGAGGUUGGAGGGCCUGCCCGAAAGGAGCAGGCAUGCUUCCUAAUCUUUAUGUUGGCUGAAGUUUAGUCUAAAGCACAUGUAUCAGCUAUUAUACAUACUUUAAAUAUUUCAUUCACAAAGAUUCCUGAGGCAGCUAACAAUACACACAAAGAAAAUCAUUAGACAGCAGUAUUUGAACUGAUAAAAUAAUCUACAGAUUCAGUAGGAGCAUCAUGGAUCAGGUCCUACUGGGGAAUAAAGCAUUGCUUCUCCUAAAAAUCAUCAAGGAGGUACCCUGGGAAGUGAAUGGGAGUUGAGGACAAGGGUAGGGAUUCUGAGUAGGGCCUCUGAAGAUGAUUUUGAUGAUCCAUCAAGUUUAUUUGGAAGCAGGUGGUUAGUUUACAUUUUAGAGAAUCUGCAUAUAUUUUCUCUUUCAAACUGAAAUAUUUGUGGUGGCAUGAAUGUUCAAUUACUGCCUGAUUAUGUAUUUGUAAUGUAUAUGAAAGGACUGUAGCCCAGUCUGUCUUGUUGGCUUACAUUCUUGGCACUGGUACCUGUCUGUGUGCUGUCUCUAAUUGUUUUGAAUGAGCUUCAAGGUGGGGAGGGAAAAUGCUGUUGGCUACUGAAUCUGUUGAAUGUUGAACCUUCAUAAUCUGUUGAAACUCCAUAAUGUUUUAUAACUAAUUGGGGGGGACAUUCAGAUACUUAGUAUUAAACUAAAUCUUCCUCAUCUCCCAAUAAUUUAAAAUACAUAUAAUGAAUUGGCACUGUACAAUUCUUGUAAAUACUUUUAAAAAAGCUUUUUUGAAAAUUACUAAUGUAAAAUGGCAUGUGAAGAGUCUCCAAGCCCAAGCAGAAUGGUUUCUAUUUAAAACACUUCUAUUAUUAAAAAUACUUUGUCAGCAUAUGUAUAAAAUCUGUUCACAGUGGCAAAUUCAUCAUUCUUCUGUUUUGAAAAAACCUGCUUCAUAUGGUCACAUAAGAAUUCUUGAGAAUACUGUCAUUUCCAUUCAACUGAUAAUCCUAGGAUACUGACCCACAAAGAGAAAUUUUUGUAGUCAUUUUGUCCUUUCACUGCAUCACAGAUCCGCUCAAACUCAUUUACUGCCUUUUAAUUCACUACAUUGAUUGCUUUUUUCUGUUUCGAGCUCAGGAUGCGAAAGUAAUGUCCUGGUGGGAUUAUGGAUAUCAGAUAACAGCCAUGGCAAACCGAACAAUUCUUGUGGAUAACAACACUUGGAAUAACACCCACAUUUCUCGAGUUGGUCAGGUAGGUGCAGUAGCUUUGUGAAUUCCAGGGGUUUUUUCCCCCCAUCGCAUUCCAGAGAAACUAUGAAGGCAUUUUGCAGUUUUCUUGUCCCGGCUAUUUAUUAUGAACUACAAAAUUGAUUGAAGGAGUUAAGACUCUUUAUUUAUACGUGGAUAAAAAAAAAAGGCAUGGUAACUAAGAUACGUGAAUUUAUAAGCUGCUGUUUGUUUAAUUUUCAGGCCAUGGCAUCCACGGAAGAGCGAGCUUAUGAGAUUAUGAGGGAGCUGGAUGUCAGUUAUGUGCUGGUAAUAUUUGGAGGCCUCACUGGAUAUUCCUCGGAUGGUAAUCUCAUACCUGUAUUGUGCAAAUUUCCCAUGAAUGGACCUUUAAUUGUUCUUUAUUAAUGGGUUUUCUGCUCUGUUACAUUGACAAAGUUGCUGCUUCUUCCUUAGAUAUCAAUAAAUUUCUGUGGAUGGUGCGAAUAGGAGGCAGCACAGACACUGGAAAGCACAUAAAAGAGCAUGAUUACUACACACCAACAGGAGAGUUCCGUGUGGACAGGGAGGGCUCUCCUGUGCUGCUUAACUGCCUCAUGUACAAGAUGUGUUACUAUCGCUUUGGCCAAGUCUAUACAGAAGCCAGUAAGUCACUUUUAUCUGAGCACUGCAAAUGAGAACCAGAAAUUUUGCCUAGGAGUUGUGUUUUUGGAUGAUCCCUGGUCUUCUCUCUGACACGUAAUUAGUGUUUAUAGCAUAAUAGAUUGUGGCAGGGGAGGUUUUUUCUUUCAGUCACACAUUACAUCCUGUUUAAUUGGCUUCCUCUCGCUCCCCUUUUAUUUAACAAGUCAUUGGCUGUGAAUUGAUGGAAAGCUGGGGGAGGGGGGGAGUUGACGUUGAGGCAUCUACAUUUUUGCUAACAUGAACAGAUUUUUUUCUUACAAUGGUAAAACUAGACUUAAUAGGGAGAAGGGCACCAGGGAACUGACUGAAGCUACUUUUGUUAAUUCUCUCUCCCACCUCUUUUCCAGAGCGUCCUCCAGGUUAUGACAGAGUGAGAAAUGCUGAGAUUGGCAACAAGGACUUUGAGCUUGAUGUAUUGGAAGAGGCAUAUACCACAGAACACUGGCUAGUCCGAAUAUACAAAGUAAGUAGUUGUGCUGUGUGUGGUGUCUGUCUGCUUCCAGACACUGAGUUUUCUUUCCUGUAUUUGAAAGUCAUGGGAGAAAUGUCGCAUGGCCCCAUUUGCUUCUGGAAUGGUAUGUGUCUUGGCUGUUCAUGGUCCUAAACCCUAUAAAGUAAUUAACACUGUCUUGCUACAACAUUUAGAUCUAUCAUGAGCCACUACAUCACAAUACAAGUGAAGUGGAAUGGUUGCUCUGCUUUUUACCCAGACAGGAUGGUGUUGGGGAACGAUUGGAGCACAUUAAAUUACUAGAUUUCUCAGCAGCACUGAAUAGCAAAAGCAUAAAGAGCCAUUUCUUUCUCUAUUGAAGAUAUAAAAUCCUUUGUUAAUUGCUAGGUUAAUUAUCAGAGAUUUCAUUGAAGAGUUCUCUGUUUUUACUGGUUAGAGACCUUUUCCCUAAUAAAGCUAAAUGCAAUUUUUUAAAAAUAUUAUUUUUGCCUUAACAGGUAAAGGACUUGGAUAAUCGUGGAUUGUCGAGAACGUAA